UCUGCCCGCAGGAAGAAGAAGAAGGCGAAAGACAAGGCCCAGAUCCUGGAGCAGAUCGUGAGCAGCAAGAAGCAGGAGGAGGAGAAGAAGCGCGGCCUGGACAAGCGGACCCCGGCGCAGGUGGCCUACGAGAAGAUGCAGGAGAAGCGGCAAAUGGAGAGGAUCCUGAAGAAAGCGUCAAAAACCCAUAAGCAGAGAGUGGAGGAUUUCAACAGGCACUUGGAUACUCUGACUGAGCAUUACGACAUUCCUAAAGUCAGCUGGACUAAGUGAACGGACUGCUUUUCAAGGCUUUGGAUGAGGAGUUGUGUUUUGUUUGUAUGGGACAGGGUUGCCAUGUAAAUCUGUGUAUUCUCCAUAUUGAAUGUUUAAUAUAUCUUCUGAACGUUUAUGACUCUGUACUUAUUUCAUUGUUUUGGGUUUUAAAACCAAGUAUUCAACCGAGCAUCUUCUUGGCUGAUGAGCUCUGAUUUACAGAGGUGCAGAGGGCUGGGGGUUUGUUAGUGGGAUUAAAGCCAAAAUCAACUGCUGGAAAAUGUUCCUUUAUUUGUUGGAUACUAACAGUUCCCCUUUUUAGAAGCGAAGAGUCUGACAGUCUCAUGUAGCCUAAGCUUCCCUUAUAAGUUGUAGGAAUUGUAUCAUUUCUUUCUAUCUAGAGUUCUUUCAGAGGUGGGGGGUCUGCUGUAAUUUGCAACUUUGAUGUAGCUUCUUAUUAAAAUGCUGCUUUCAUCC